AUUCAACCCAAUAAACAAAGAACUGAAGAAAGUUCUCUUAGCGAAUGAACUAAAAAUUCUAGCAGGAAGCUUUUUUUUUUUAGAAAAUUCUAGCAGGAAGCUAUGAGGUAGUUUACCGACUUUAUUAUUGUUCGUUUUCUCUUUCGGAUUGCUAGCCUACAUUUUCUGAAAAAGUCUGCAUAUAAACCCACAACCUUAAUUUUUCCUGGUGCAACUUUCAAGAAAAACAGGUUUGAUUUUUGGGAUUUUCUUCUUUCGUUCCCUCAAAUGUUAUGAAAGAUCUUUUCUGGAUUUGGAACGGUCAAAUAUUCAAUCUUUUGGGCGAAUCAGUUAGUUUGAGUUAACAAGAAGAAUCAUGUUGGUGGCAGCCAUUGUUUGUCUCUUCUUAGUGCUGGACUGUACGUUCUUGAUCCAUCUUUACACCAAAUGCUUAAAUCCCCACCAGCCAGACCGCCUUAGCACCGCCGAUGACGACCAAGAAGUGGGUGUAACAGGUCUGGACCCCACAGUGCUAAAAACCAUACCAGAAGUUGAGUUCAGUUCCAAAGAUUUUGAAGAACAUUUGGAAUGUACAGUUUGUCUGAGUGAGGUGUGUGAAUGUGAAAAGGUGAGAUUUUUGCCCAAAUGCAACCAUGGGUUUCAUGUGGGCUGUAUUGAUAAAUGGUUUGAAUCUCAUUCCACCUGCCCUCUCUGUAGAAACCCGAUUACGGACCCGAAUCCACCAUUGGAACCCAUACCAGAAGCAGGCGGAGCAUCUCCUAAUUUUCCCACCAAUGUGUUGUUUUGGGGAGAUGAGACUCAGGUUAGCACCUUGUUGGGUCCUACCUUGGAGGUUCCAUGUUCAUCCUCAGCUGCAAUUGGUAAUACUAUGGAGAUUGUUGAGGAAGAGCAUGAUCAAGAAGAGUCUAGGAUGAUGACAAGAUUGAGGUCACUAAAGAGGCUAUUCAUGAUUAGAAGGGAAAUAAAAGACAUCAUUGUUGAUGUGGAACAAGGUGGGAGAAGCCACUGCUAAUAUAUUGGAUCUUCUUCUGUUGUAUAUGUUAGUACAGAUUUUUUAUUGGAUUCUAUUUGGAAAAAGGUUGUGCAAAGUUUAUGUUAAUAUCAGUUAGAAAUUUGUAUUUAUAUCCUCAUAAAGGCACACUGCUUAAAAUAUCACCACAUAGUUCUAGUUGAUAAAGAACUAUGAUGAUAUAACUCAAUCCAGAAUGAAUAAUAGUAGUUCUAAAACUAUGAUUAAUCA